AACUCCAAACGUGAAACUAGUACACACAUCAAGCGUUCUAGAAGCACACACACUUAAGCUAAAUUAUCGUAUUGGUCUUAAAAUGGACGACUUUAGAGUGCCAAAAAAGGUGAACCGUAACGUUUUCAAGGCCAUUAGCAUCCUCCAAUCUUCCCGAACUCAUUUUGUGCGCGUUAAUGCAAUCACUGACCAGGUAAAGUACCAAAUGCGGAACCUUGUUCCGGUCGCCCAUGUAGAUGAGGUCAUAAAGGAGUCCCUAAACAACUUGACCAACCUGGGCAUAGUGAGGCGUCUUGGAUCGUCUAGAUAUGCGCUUAGCAACGUAGUUUAUGCCCGGAUGGGCGUUGUUCUGCCCAAUUCCAUUGCAAGUACACCUGGCAAUCCUGGUACACCACUGCGAAGAGCUGUGCAGAAUGCGCGUCGAAAGCGCAAUCUUGGACGCUUGGAUCCUUGGAAAUCGGUCACCAAGAUAUUAAGUGCGGACUCUCUAUCUGGAACUGAGAUCGACAAGACGCGUAAGCGGAUGCGAGGCAAUACAAAGCGCGUUGUCAAACAGAAACGAGAAAUCUUUUUACCACAAACACUACCCAAGCAGUCUAAAGAAACAGAUAGUGCCACCACCACUAACAAACAGUCACUUUUCGACGAAAAAUAUACCGUACCUCGGGGUUCAGGAAGUCUUUUAGGCAUAGACUAUAACAAGCAACCAACUUCAGUCGGACCGACCACAAGUGGUAAGCAAAUAGAAUUCGGAUCACCGGGAUGGAAGUAUACCAUUCCAAAUACUCCGGCUACGCCCCAAGCCCCAAUGAGCUUGAAUCAAAAGACGAAUGAUCCCAGUAGCACGACUUCAGUGAUUUCCGAGAAUAUCGUUACCACCUCGGCGAUGGAUGUAAAAGGGAAUGUGGAGGAGAAUAAAGGAUCUGAAGCUUCCAUUAGUUGUCGCGCUGUGCCCGUCGGCCUGGACGUUAGGCCAGCCGACCAUACUUCUGGCGGGGAAUCCGAUGUGGAGAAUGCCUCCGUGGUUGGACUAUGUGGCAGUCCCAUAUGCCUGCGAACCCCGACGGCUCAGCCAUCGUCGCACGAGUCAGCCUUGGAAGAGAAAAACUGUCCCUGGUAUUCCCAAUCUUCAAUCCUCCACAACGAAUCAAAAACCUUAGGAAUACAGCCAAUUAUUGAGGAUCAAGGAAACACUCUAGUAGAGGAGAGUUCGAAAGAUCAUAUAUCUACUUUACAAGAAAACGAUGGAGCAUUAGAAAUUUCAUUGGAUAUUCAAACAAACCAGACUUCCGAUGUUUUAGGCGAGCGCGGAAGUUCAUCUGAUUAUGACUUUUAUAAAUGA